AUGGCGGAGAAAGUCAGUACUCCCGGCGGUCCUCCGUCCGACCACACGCCCUCUGACAACACCGACCACGCGCUCUCUGACAACUCUGGACACACCGCCGUCAAGGAGGAAGAAGCUGGACCUGAUACCGAGGGCACCAAGGCAGCAGAGGCUCCAGAGACCUCUCCACGCGACAUACACGGCUGGAAAUGGGCCAUAUCGUACAUUGCCCUGCUGUCCUCCAUCUUCCUCUACGCCUUUGAUUGCACCGUCGUGGCCGACGUGCAGACGGCCAUUAUCAACGAUUUCGGCGCCAUCGACCAGCUGUCGUGGCUCAGCAAUGGAUUGGUCAUGCCGGCCACUGCCAUGGUCAUGCCGUGGGGACGCCUCUACGGCCAGUUCAAUGCCAAAACGCUCUACCUGGUUUGCGUGCUCAUUUUCGAGGUCGGGUCCGCCGUCUGCGGCGCUGCGCCUACUGUCAAUGCCUUGAUUGUGGGCCGUGCCCUCGCCGGCGCCGGCGGCUCAGGUAUCUAUAUGGGUGUUAUGACACUCAUGGCCGCCACUACAACCAUGAAGGAGCGACCCUUCUACAUUGGCCUGACCGGAAUCACCUGGGGUUUCGGCAUCGUGCUUGGUCCCAUCAUCGGAGGCGCCUUCGCUAUAUCCAGUGUAGGGUGGCGCUGGGCCUUCUAUAUCAACCUGCUCGUUGCUGUUCCUGCAGUGCCAUCAUACAUCUUCCUGUUGCCCAACCACGUCGAUCCCCGCCCAGGUGUGUCGUUGAAAGCUCGUUGGAUGGAGAUGGACUAUCUCGGCAACCUCUUCCUCAUCGGCGGCAUCGUAACCUUCAUCCUUGCCAUAAACUGGGGUGGUAUCAUUUAUGCCUGGAACUCUGGCCCAGUCAUCGGCUGCUUCGUCGCGUCCGGCGUACUAUUCAUCAUCCUGGGCAUCCAGCAGGUCCGCCUCAUUGGAACCACACUGGCCCGCCGCAUUCUCCCAGUACAGAUUUUCAACAACCCGACCAUCCUUCUACUUUUUGCAAUCUGCGCUGCCGGCGGUACCUCUGCCUUUGUGCCCAUCUACUUUGUCCCUACCUUCUUCCAGUUCACCCGCUCCGACUCCCCGUUGGACGCUGGCGUUCGGCUGCUCCCAUUCAUCGUUGUCAUGGUCGUCAUGAUCACCGCCAACGGCCAUCUGAUGGGCAAGUUCGGAUACUACCAGCCUUGGAUCCUGGCGGGUGGUCUGCUGGCUAUGACGGGCUCGGCACUCAUGUAUACGGUGAAGGCAGACACCUCCGAGAGCCGCAUCUACGGCUACACGGUCAUCCUCGGCUCCGGCGUCGGUAUGUGGCUGCAGGUUCCCUUUUCGGUUGCCCAGGCGUUUGUUGCACCGGCAGACAUCCCUGCGGCCGUCGGCUUGGUGAUGUUGGGCCAGUUUGUCGGCAUUACGAUAUCCCUUGCCAUCGCUAAUACCGUCUUCCUGAACGGUGCUGAGCAGUCAAUCGCGGCUCUUCUGCCAGGCGUCUCGCCUGAGACGAUCAAAGACGCCAUGGAGGGUGCGACGAGCGGGUUCCUGGCCACUCUGGAUGACAACCUGAGGGCACAAGUGCUGGACGCGAUCGUGGCGGCCAUGGCCAAGGCAUACAUCUUGGUCAUUACAGCUGGCAGCUUGACGGCUGUGCUUAGUCUACUCCUACCAAGGAAGAAAUUGUUCGGGGCGGCUGCGACUGCACCUGCAUGA